AUGCCUCAAGCAGUUGAGACAAAUGAAAUGCAACCAGAAAGUGAAACAUCAGAACAGAGCUUACAAGAAUUGGAAGGAACAUCUCAAGAGACAGUUAUAACUGACUUGAAAAGUGUGGAUUCAAGUAGAGAUGAUUGGAAAGAGUUUAAGUGUCCAAUUUGUUUGGAUAUAUUGAAGAACACCAGGAUUACAAAAAACUGUUUCCAUCGUUUUUGUAAAGAUUGCAUCAUUACAGCCCUUAGACGUGGCAAAAAAGAAUGCCCUAUCUGUAGGAGAAAAGUAAUUUCCAAACGGUCUUUAGAUCCAGACCCCCAAUUUGAUGCACUCAUAAGGAAAAUGUAUCCUGGAUGUAAUAAGGAGGAAGCUUCUGAAGAGAAUGUUUCAGUCAAGAGAAAGUACAAAACUCAGCAAGCACUUAGUUUCAGGAGUGAAAAGGAACAAGAAAGAGGUGCCCAGCAAGAACAACAAAUUGAAACUAAUAAUGCAUGGGAAGGUAACCAUGACAGUUCACCCAGUAAUCAUGCAUCCAUAUCCAGCAAUGAUGAAGCAUGUCACAGUAAAAAACGCAUGAAGACAUCAUCAGGACGAGAACAUGACAGUAAGGAUCCAAUGGUGACCAUCAAUGCAAUGACCCAUAGUAUUAGUUAA